GGUGCCUCUUUCCUUCCAUCAGAAACGUGUGAGAACGUGGACUGUGGACCCGGGAAGAAAUGUAAAAUGAACAAGAAGAACAAACCUCGGUGUGUUUGUGCUCCGGAUCGCUCUAAUAUCACUUGCCCCGUGUGUGGCUUAGAUGGGAAAACCUACAAGAACGAGUGUGCCCUUCUCAAAGCCAGAUGUAAAGAACAGCCUGAACUUGAAGUCCAGUAUCAGGGCAAAUGCAAAAAGACCUGCAGAGAUGUUUUAUGCCCAGGCAGCUCCACCUGUGUGGUUGACCAAACUAAUAAUGCCUACUGUGUGACAUGCAAUCGAAUUUGCCCAGAGCCUACCUCCUCUGAACAGUAUCUCUGUGGGAAUGAUGGCAUAACUUACGCCAGCGCCUGCCACCUGAGGAAAGCUACCUGCCUAUUGGGCAGAUCCAUUGGAUUAGCCUAUGAAGGAAAAUGCAUCAAAGCCAAAUCCUGUGAAGACAUUCAAUGCAGUGCUGGGAAGAAAUGCCUGUGGGAUUUUAAGGUUGGCAGAGGUCGGUGUGCCCUCUGCGAUGAGCUAUGCCCUGAAAGCAAGUCAGACGAGGCGGUCUGUGCCAGCGAUAACACAACUUACCCAAGUGAGUGCGCCAUGAAAGAAGCAGCCUGCUCCAUGGGUGUGCUUCUAGAAGUAAAGCACUCUGGAUCUUGCAACUGAAUCUGCCAAUAAAACCUGAGCCAUUGAUUCUUCAGAACUUUCUGCAGUUAUGACUUCAUAGAUUAUGUAAAAGAAACCUUAUUGCAUAACAGCAGAUGCCAAAGAGCAUCUCACUACAAGUCGCAUAAAAUGCAACGCUGUAUUAUGGCUGUUCAGAGAGCUUUGAAAACAUGCACUGAGCUGCUUCUGCGCUGUUGUUGUCCUUAUUUAAACAACAGCUCCCCUGUAUUCCCCCCUCUA